ACCGCUGUGAAAUAGAUGGAGUUCAUGUACUUCUCAGCUCAUACACAUUCUCGUAGUAUGGUAAAUAGUUUCUUAAAAAAAAAUUCUAAUUUCCAAAUGUUGGUGGAGGAGAUGAAUAUCUUGACUACAGUUUUCUUGAGGUUUGACAACCUUAAGGUUACAUAUCCAAACACCGUUCUGGCUACCUUGCCGCUAGGCAACUUUUACCGGAGUCCAAAUAUGGGUGAAUCUAUCGACUUUUGUAUUCAUGUCGCAACUCCUGUGGAAAAGAUUGCUAUCAUGAGAGAACGAAUACUGGGGUAUUUGGAGAACAAGAAGGAGCACUGGUAUCCCGGCCCGCUAGUCGUUCUCAGAGAUGUCGAUGACAUGAACAAAUUGAAAAUAUCAAUUUGGAUGAGGCAUCGUAUCAACUUUCAAGAUAUGGGAGAAAGAUUUGUGAGAAGAGAACUUGUUGUCCAAGAGAUGAUCAAGGUAUUGAGAGAACUAGAUAUCGAGUACCGCAUGGCUACCCUUGAUGUAAAUGUGAGGAACAUGCAUGUUGUCAAUUCCACUCGCCUACCAUCUACCUGGACAACUUUCAACUCCUAG